AUGUUCAAUUGGGAAGAUAUUCUUUUGACUGUUCAAAUCACUUCUUUCUUCAUUGCAAUCAUAAAUCAUUCGAUUCUAAUCAAUCUGAUAAUCAAUCAUUCUCCAAAAGAUAUUGGAGCUUACAAGUAUUUGAUGCUUUUGAUCUCGAUUUUCGAAGUGAUUUAUGCGGUUUUGGAUCUCACUGUUCAACCGAUAUUUCAUUCAUUUGGAGCUACAUUUACACUUAUUGUCAACACUACCAAUUCCGGAUUGGAUAAGAGUGUUUGGGAGAUUUUAGCAGUAGUUUACUGUGGUUUCUAUGGUUCUUCAAUGGCUAUAUUUAGUAUUCAUUAUGCCUACCGUUAUUGGGUUUUAAUUGGAAAAGAGAGGAAUUUGAGUUGGUUCAAGGGACGAAAAGUCUUAUUCUGGUUGAUAAUUCCAUUUUCAAUUGGUCUGAUUUGGGCAGUUGUCGGAUAUUUUCCAUGUUAUCCUCGAGCCAGUACAAACGAUUAUUUGAGAGAAAGUGUUCAGAUGAAACUUGGUUUGAAUAUCGAUCGAAUUGUUUAUUUUGCUCCGUACUUUUAUGAGAAGAAUGAAUUCGGACAGAACGUGAUUUAUUGGCCGUCUUUCGUGGGUAUUAUGUUGGAUUCAUUGAGCAUUAAUCUUUCUCUUUUGGUUGUGGGGUAUUAUGGUGUCAAAUGUUGGAAUAAAAUGAGUCGACUCCUCUCCACGACUUCGAUUGAUCAUCAGAAUAUUCAAAAUCAACUUUUCUACUCUCUCGUUGCUCAAACAGUCAUCCCAAUCUUCCUAAUGCAUAUCCCUGCUCUCACUAUGUUUAUGUUCUCCUUCCUGGAGAUGGAUGCAGGUCAUUUGAGUGGUUUUGUCUCAAUGUCGAUUGCAAUGUUUCCUGCUUUGGAUCCCAUCCCAACCAUCCUCAUCAUAUCUAAUUACCGGGAUGCUAUCAAGAGAUUUGUUUUGAUAAGAUAUCAAAAACUGGGGAAGACUAAACUAUGUAGAUGUUUGAUAUUUAAAAAGAAAUCAAUUCAGCCGUCUGUCUCCUCCUCUAAUGUCUUGUGA